CGGCUACUAGGGUUUUCCUCCAGAAAGUUGAUCUCUCUCUCUCUCUCUCUCUCUCUCUCUCUCUCUCUCGCUUAGUUGUGGAUUUUGGGUUCAGUGGUUUCGUUCUGUUGUUUGGGCCAGGAAUCAAGGAGUAGGUCAGAUAACGAGGGGGGAGGGAUAGGAUGUCGGGCUCUGAUGAUUGUACUGGAAGGGAAUUCCUUGGAGUACAUGAAAGUAGAAGCAGUUCCGCCGAUGACCAGAUGUCAGUUGAUAGUCAGAAUCCUGAUGUGGUUUUGGAUGGAGGACAGAAAACUUAUGAAGGCUCAACCUCAUCUCUAGACAAACUCUAUGACGACGAAAAUGAGUUUUGUUUUGAAAACUUGACUAGUUUUGAACGCGGCGGGGUCUCCGAUGAUGAUACUUGGAAUGAAUGGGAUGCUGCUGCUCUACUUGAGUCUAAGCGGAGAAAGGUUCAAGAAUCGGGAAAGAAUAUGUCGAUUAGCAAAAAAAGAAAGGAUAGGCCCAAUAGGGGUAUGUCUGCUGCCAAGGCUUUAAGAACUGGUUUAUGGUCUGCUGCAAUUGGAAACGAAAAGGUCAUUAGGAAAAAGGAAAAGAUAGCAGCGACCGUUGCAGGUUUUGCCAUACAAGCGAUGGAUUUUAUUAUUUGGGGCUACUUGAAGGAGCGACUCUCACCUGAUGACUAUGAAACCGUCUGGCGAAGUGUUUUUACCAGUGUUGCCAAGUUUGUCUUGAGCAUUUUUGAUGUGGAGGAUUUUAAGAGGGUAUAUAACAUGCACAAGAUCAAUGCAAAGCAUAAAACGUUAGUACUGAAGUUACGCAAUCUCAAGGCCGACAAUUGUUCUCUAGCAGCAGCCAUAGCAGAGAAGAAGCUGGCAGAAGAAGAUUUUUGUGGCCUAAGGGAGCAGGAUGUUGGUUUGGUAUUGCAGGGUUGUCAUUGGUUGCGUGAGUACGGCACGAGGGGUUCUGCUUGGACGUUUAAUAUUUGCCCUUUUCAGGUGGAUGACAUUAGUGAGGGUGAACUAAAGCUUGUAUUGGAGGAAAUGGAGAAGUUUGUGCCUUUGAAGGAAGAGCACAAAACGCAGUUAUCUCUGGAGUUCCUGCACAAGCGAAGUUAUCAUGUUCUUGACGCUUUGUUUGUAGAGACUUGGAAGGGUGUUGAGUUUAAGAAAGUGGUUCAAUAUUUAGCCCCAAGGAAGUAUAACCCUGAUGAUCUGUUUACGUGGGGUAUGGCAAAUUUUGUCUCUGCUAUGCAGGCUGGGUUGUUUUUCUUGGCCAGAGAGAAAAACUCUGCGUUUGCUCAUUUUCAGAAAGCAGUUACCUUUCCUUUAUCAUGCGACAUCGGUAAGUUUGGGGAGGAGGUUAUCAAAGUGGUUCUGAUUGCUGAUCAUGAAAGAAGAAUCCAAGGUCGUCGUUUCAUCAGUUUGAAACAUAUUAUGUUUGGCCUCUCACUGUCUCGAGUAGGUGAGGCUGUCCAGAAAAUCCUCAAUGACAGGGGGCUUAACAAGUUCACUGAAAAGUCUCCGAAAAUGCCCGUAUACUUCAUUUACAUGUUGUCAAGUGAAGCUGCAAGAUCUCUCGGAGAGGAUGUUGUGCAACUUGAGCAUUUGGCCUUGGCCAUCAUAUAUGUGAAACAGGAAAACGAUACGAGCUUGAAGAAUGCUGCGGAAAAGUGGGCAAUUCUCGCCCGUGAUCACUUGGAGAGUUUGGAAAAGGCCAACACCAGGUAUGGGAUGAAAAGUGUGAAGGUUGAUGUCAUAGUAAACAAUCUUCCUAAAGAAUGUUAUCGUGGAACCCGCGUGAAGUUUGAUUAUUCGGUGACGAAACUCAUCCAUGACUUUGGUGCUGGCUUGAGCUUUCCUGCAAUUCGUGCAUAGUACUAUCACUAACUAAAAUAAGUACUUAUUUUUUGAAUAAAAUGUGAUGUAUUGUGAAAGAAUGAUCUGUCUCGUAAAGCGGAAAAUAAAUACUUAAAAAAUAAGAACCUUAGCGGAACGGAGUCUUAACCGUGCUUUUGUUCUGUUUGGGAUGUGAGCAACUCUGUAUCAUCAUAUGUAAAACAUGAGAUUAAUUGCUGCAUGUAAUUACCUACUUGAGAAUUUUAUUUAUUACUCCACAUCCCAAUUUGUUAA